AUGAUCUUGUCGGCAACAUCCGCCCCCCCCGAGAAACGAAAGGUGAAAGGAGUCGAGAAAAGGGGCGCGCCUGUCAACCCAAACGGACAGAGGAUCACCAUAGCCGGCUUCACUGCUGUGAUGACGUCCGUUCAUGCCUCACAAGGCGGAGCUUUUACGCAUGGUGAUGUCGGCACCGUCAUUAAGAGCCUGGCUGGCGCGUGGGCUAAGGGUGCUACAUCAUCUGCCGUGGCGCUUGGCGGUGGUGUUGAGGCCGGCGCUGCAUGGACAUUCUUCAACGGCUUCGCUGAUAACUCUCUUCCACUAGCAGUUAUUCAGGAGGCGACAAAACGGGCGCUCAACUGGGCGGUUGGGCAAAGAGCCUCGGGCGCCAACUUCCAGCUGACAGAUGCAGCUGGCGGAUUGAUCGUCCUCAUGGAUGCCGGCGCCGACUAA